AUGAAUUAAAUCUUGUACAUUCUGCAAUUACCUAAAAUCAGAAAACAAUAUCAAAUGAACAAGAUGAAGAAGUCCCCUAAGAGAUAAUGGAGAAUCAAUACUACAUAGCACAUAGUAUAUGAAUAACUAAAUAAACUUGAAUUACUGACAGAUACACACAUCAAAUAUUGUACUAAGAGACUAUUGAAUAGUGGCUACUCUAUUUUUUAUUUAGAUGUUGGUUAACUUUGGUGCAUAUAUUGGCCACUCAAUGCUUUAAGUAUCUUAUAGGAUGAUGUAUCGAAAUACGAAAAUCAAAUUAUUCAAUAUUUAGAAACAUUUAAAAUUGGAGGCUUUACAGGAGGUCCUAUAUAACUUGAGCAUUUAGCACCUACGUUCUCAUCCUUACUCUGUAACAACUAAUUCAAUUUUAGCGUUGUUCAUUCUCUCAACUCCAGCAGCUUUAGAAUUAAUUGAUAGGUAGGGAUUGAAAGAGUUCUUUUGGUCUGUUCAAGAUCAAGCUGAAAAAGGAUCCUAUCUUAUGCAUAUUAAUGGAGAAGCAGAUAUAAGGGCUGUUUACAUUGUUGUGAUAAUGGUGUUCAUUCUUAAAUUAGAGUAUCUAACUCACUUAUAAUCCUAGUCCCAAGUUACUAGAAGGUUGCGCUGAGUAUAUUGCUUCAUGUCAAACAUAUGAAGGAGGGAUUGAUUUUUGUUAAAUAAAUAACUUAAUAAUAUUAUCAAUAUCACUCUUCGAUACUUAACAUAUUUUUUUAAUCAAAAAAAAUCAUAGAUUUAAACAGUAAAUAUGCUUACAUAUCCAUUAAAAUAACAUAUAUUUUAUUUAUCAAUAAAUUAAAAUAAAUCCUAAAUAUAUGUUAAACAAACUUCAAUAAGAAUUAGAUGAGUUGAACAAAAAAUAAAAACAAACACAAACCCGCAUAAAUAAAUUGUUUUAUUCAGUCGAAGACGUUUAUAUAAGACAACAUAGCAUCAAUCACCCUAUUUUACCAAAUCCAAAUUUAAUCUGCAAAAUAAGACCUGAAAUAAUUAAUUAAAUUUUCGACUUUUUGGAUUACUCUUCAUUCUUGUAAUUCCGAUUAGUUAGCUAGAAUACAAAUAAUUAAAUAUUAUACCUUCUAUCUUUAAAAUUACAUAAAAAAGAGUAAUUAUUACAAAACAAUUAAAUUGAAUAGAAAGAAAUAAUAUCAAGUCAUCCAGAAUUAAAUUAGGAAUUAGAAUCCUUAUGCGUUGAAUUUAAUAAAUCUUUAGAGGAUAUUAAGAAAAUCAGGAGAUAAGAUAUUUGUGAAUUGGCCAGCUUUCGCAUUCCUCCAGCAAUUUUGGAAAAAGUUUUAAAAUAUCUAACAAUAUUAUUAACUGAGAACUAUGUUGAACAAUAAUAUAAUUGGCAUUUAAGCAUGAGACUUAUAACUAAUUGUAAUUUUCUUAAUUAAUUACUAAACUUUGAUAUACUGUUAGUGCCUGAUGAUAAAUUGAAGCUUAUUCAAGAUAUUAUUACUUUGGAGGAAAAAAUGGUUUAUUCAUCUUCAUUAUUUUCAUACUAUAUCUAUAAAUAUAUCCGCACAAUUGUGAUUUUAAGAUAGUAACCAUAGUACAAAUUGAUUUUCUAAGUAUCCUAAAUGAGAUUAGAGGAAACUAAAUUAAAACAAUCUAUUGAAAAACUAUAAAAAAUUAUUAAAUGA